CAAUCAGAAACAGGCCAUGGAAGCAUAUGGAAUGAUUCGAAAUGUGGGUUUUAUGUGGCUGAUUCUCUGUGUUUUUUGGACACUUUCAAUGGCAUCCGUUGCAGAGGACAACCCUCCCGGAGAUGGUUCCGAUGACAUGAGAGACAGGUACCAGAAAUGGAUCGAUAAAUAUGGUCGAGAAUACAAGAGUGGAGAGGAGCGGGAGAAGAGGUUUCCGAUUUAUCAGUCUAAUGUUCAAUACAUUGACUACUUCAAUUCUCUGAAUCGCUCAUAUACUCUGGCUGACAACAUGUUUGCAGACCUUACAAAUGAUGAGUUUAAGACAACUUAUUUGGGAUAUCUAACUGAUUGGUCUCCUGACACAUGCUUCAAAUAUGGCAACAUUGUUAAUUUGCCUACUAAUGUUGACUGGAGAAAGGAAGGUGCAGUAACUCCGAUAAAGGACCAAGGCCAAUGCGGGAGUUGCUGGGCGUUCUCGGCGGUAGCAGCUGUGGAAGGCAUCACCAAAAUAAAAACAGGAAAGUUGGUGUCUCUAUCAGAACAAGAGCUCCUGGACUGCGAUGUUAUCUCGGGGAACCAGGGAUGUAGUGGUGGUUUCAUGCCCAAAGCAUUUGAGUUCAUCAAGAAAAUUGGAAUCACUACAGAAAAAGAAUAUCCAUACAGGGGAGUUGAAAAUGUAUGCAACAAACAAAAAGUGAGAUACCACUCUGCGACAAUAAGUGGGUAUGAAAAAGUACCUGCCAAUGAUGAGAAAAGCCUAAAAGCUGCAGUUGCUAACCAGCCAGUCUCUGUAGCAAUUGAUGCAGGGGGGUAUGAUUUUCAGUUCUAUUCUGGCGGAAUCUUCUCAGGGAAUUGUGGAAAGCAACUCAAUCAUGGAGUGACAAUAGUUGGGUAUGGGGAAGACGUCGGUAAAAGUUACUGGCUUGUCAAGAAUUCAUGGGGUACUAGCUGGGGUGAAUAUGGUUAUGUAAGAAUGAAAAGUAAUUCAAGUGAUAAGCGAGGUACUUGUGGCAUAGCCAUGGAUGCUAGCUACCCCAUCAAAGACUGAGCAUAUUUC